GGGGGGGGGGGGGGGGGCCGCUCGCUGCUGCUGCUCGACUGCCGCCCCCACGAGCUCUUCGAGAGCUCGCACAUCGAGACGGCGAUCAACCUGGCCAUCCCCGGGCUCAUGCUGCGCCGCCUCAAGAAGGGCAACUUGCCCAUCCGCUCCAUCAUCCCCAACCACGAGGACAAGGAGCGCUUCGUGAAGCGCUGCAAGGCCGACACCGUGCUGCUCUACGACGAGGCCACCGCCGACUGGCAGGACAGCGGUGCCGCCACCUCCGUGCUGGGGCUGCUGCUCCAGAAGCUGCGCGACGACGGCUGCAAAGCCUAUUACCUGAAAGGUGGCUUUAACAAGUUUCAGACUGAAUAUUCCGAGCACUGCGAGACAAACCUUGACAGCUCCUCGCCCAGCAACUCUCCCCCAGCAUCAGUCCUUGGCCUGGGAGGGCUGCGGAUAAGUUCUGACUGCUCGGACGGAGAAUCCGACAGGGAGCCCAGCAGUGCCACGGAGUCGGACGGGAGCCCCAUCCCCAACAAUCAGCCUGCCUUCCCAGUCCAGAUCCUACCUUACCUGUACCUGGGCUGUGCCAAAGAUUCUACCAAUUUGGACGUCCUGGGCAAAUACGGCAUUAAGUACAUCCUGAAUGUGACUCCGAACCUGCCCAACAUGUUUGAGCAUGACGGAGAGUUCAAGUACAAGCAGAUCCCCAUCUCAGAUCACUGGAGCCAGAACCUCUCGCAGUUCUUUCCCGAGGCCAUUGCUUUCAUUGAUGAGGCCCGUUCCAAGAAGUGUGGGAUCCUUGUUCACUGCCUCGCUGGCAUCAGCCGGUCUGUGACAGUCACUGUCGCCUACUUGAUGCAAAAACUCAACUUGUCCCUGAACGAUGCCUAUGACUUUGUGAAAAGGAAAAAAUCCAACAUUUCCCCAAACUUUAACUUCAUGGGCCAACUCCUGGACUUUGAGAGGACUCUGGGACUCAACAGCCCCUGUGACAACCGCUCGCCCAGUGAACAGCUCUACUUCACCACCCCCACCAACCACAACCUGUUCCAGCUGAACACUCUGGAGUCCACAUGAAGAGGACGCUGCCUAGUCGGGAACUUGAGCAUCGAAUCGCUUCUCUUGAGUAUUUCAGCUCUUACGAAAAUAUCUGUCUUGCAGGCAGCUCUGAGAUGAGUAGCUUCUCUGGGCAGAGGUGCCUGAUCGCUGCUUUACGAAGGCUAAUGCCGCUCACUAAGUAUCCUGAUCCAAGUGGUUUGAAGAGGUAGAGUUUUUACAGGGGGUUAUUUAACACGGGCGAUGUUACAGCGUUUCGGACGCAGCUGUCACAGGCAAUAACCGCUGUCCUGGGUGCAUUGAGACUGUCAGAACAUGCACACGUGUGAAGAGCUACCAGGGGUUAGCUUGCUGUGGAAAAUGAGGAGAUUUAUGCACUUGCAAACCUUGAACAAAAGGUGUUGGGCCAAGACUGUUUUAAAACCCAAGUUCGCUUUUUUUGAUUUAAAAAAAAAAAGGAAUAAGAAAAGGUAGAUCUUACUCGAGCUUUGGGUUCAAACUCUUUUUAGCUAUGUAAGUUCUUGACUGUUUGUACAGACCAGGUUGCAAAACCAGUAUUUUAUUCUGUUUCUUGUUUGAUCAUUUAUUAUUUUUUUUAAUCAAAUGUUUAUAUUGACCAAAUGCAUUUUGCACACUUUGUGAAGCCUUGGUAUGUCCUGGCAUAUUACUGGGUACUCCAGAGAGACAUACAUGCUGCUGCUGUUGUUGUUAGCAUCUGGUAGGAAGCUUUGUUAUGUGUGAAGGCCAGUUGGGCUUAAACGCAACCCCUUUACCACUCCUGCACUCACAAUCACAAACUCUGCACUGAUUCAGCCAAGGUGACUAAGCCGCAAGCUUUUUCUUUUUUAAUGCCACCCCUGCCAAAAGCACUGUUUGCUAUUGCCAGAGGUAAAACUCUCGUAGCCUCCAGAGCUGGUAGAAGCAUGUCUGAGCCUGGCUUCAUUCUCUGCUGCCUGUUGACUGACCUAAGGUCACCCAGCUGGCCUGAAACCCUUGCAGCUUCCCCGGUGCAGAAGGUAGUGGCGGUGCUGGCGUUUCUUGUGCGCACGGGAUCCUUUCCCACGUGCGCGGGGUGGAGGGGAGCAGGGCCAGGAUUGUGUGGUGGGACAGGACUCAAAUCCUCGUGAGGGGAGUGAAGAGGUGUGGAAAUGAGGAGAGCAUUGUA